CCUUUAUCAGUCACAAUAAUCACAGAGCUCAAACCCUCGAGUUCAUGGUUCUCUGUGUAAACUCAUACCAGCCAUGGAACUCAACCCUCCCAACUCUCAUUCUCCUCCCAAAAUGCAAAACAUUAAACGACGUAAAUCAAAUCCAUGCCAGACUUAUCACAACUGGGUUUAUCAAAAACACUUCUCUCACCACCAAGCUCAUCCUCAAUUUCAUUUCUUCACCUCAGCAACAUCUCAUUGAAUUCGCUCGCUACAUCUUCUUUACGCGGCACGGUUUUCGGAUUCGUCGGGAACAAGAGGACCCUUUUCUUUGGAAUGCUCUUAUAAAGUCGUAUUCCCAUGGGUGUGAACCAAAACGAGCUUUGGCUUUGUUUUGUUUGAUGCUUGAGAAUGGGAUUUGUGUGGACAAGUUUACUUUCUCUUUGGUAUUGAAAGCGUGUUCCCGGGUGGGUUUGGUGAAGGAAGGAAUGCAGGUUCAUGGGCUGUUGAAGAAAAUGGAAAUUGGCUUGGAUGUGUUUUUGCAGAAUUGUGUGAUUACCUGGUAUUUGAGAUGUGGGUUUGUUGAAUUUGCUAGGCAAGUGUUCGAUAGAAUGCCAAAGCGGGACGCGGUUUCGUAUAAUGCGAUGAUUGAUGGGUAUGUUAAGUGUGGGAUGAUUCAAUCCGCACGCCAUUUGUUUGAUUGUAUGCCAAUGGAAGAGAGGAAUUUGAUUUCUUGGAAUUCGUUGAUUAAUGGGUAUGCGCAAUCUAACGAUGGGCUUAAUGUUGCAUGGGAUUUGUUUGCCAAAUUGCCUGCUAGAGACUUGGUCUCUUGGAACACAAUGAUUGAUGGGUGUGUAAAGCAUGGCAAAAUGGAAGAUGCCUAUCAUUUGUUUAAUCAGAUGCCGAAACAGGAUGUGGUUAGUUGGGCAAAUAUGAUAUAUGGGUAUGCAAAAGUAGGUAGUAUUGAUGUAGCUAGGAGUUUAUUUGAUGGAAUGCCAGAAAGAGAUGUUGUUGCUUAUAAUGCUUUGAUGGCCGGCUAUGUUCAAAAUGGCUAUUGCAUGGAAGCUGUACAAAUUUUUCACGAUAUGAAAAGUAAGAGUGAAAUGUCACCUGAUAAUGCCACAUUGUUGAUUGUUCUUUCUGCAAUUGCCCAAUUAGGACACAUUGAAAGAGGUAUUUCUGUACAUCACUAUCUAGAGGCAAAUGGGUUCUCUUUGAGUGGAAAGCUUGGCGUUGCCCUCAUUGAUAUGUAUUCUAAAUGUGGCAGCAUAGGGAAUGCUAUGUCAGUCUUUGAGGAUGUUGAAGAAAAAAGCGUUGAUCACUGGAAUGCUAUGAUUGGUGGAUUGGCCAUUCAUGGCUUGGGUGAAUUGGCUUUUGAUUUGCUCAUCGAGAUGGAGAAGCUUUGUGUAAAACCUGAUGAUAUUACAUUCAUUGGAGUGUUAAAUGCUUGUGGCCAUGCUGGCUUGGUGAAGGAAGGUCUGAUGUGUUUUGAGCUUAUGAGAAGAGUUCACAAGGUGGAACCAAAAUUGCAACACUAUGGAUGCAUGGUUGACAUUUUUGGCCGCGCUGGGCAUAUAGAAGAAGCCAGGAAAUUAAUAGAGGAAAUGCCCAUCGAGCCAAAUGAUGUGAUUUGGAGGACUUUGCUUAGUGCUUGUAAAAAUCAGGAGAACUUCAAUAUUGGAAAGCCCGUAGCUGACCAUCUAAUCAGGUUGGAUUCUUGUAAUCCAAGUUCUUAUGUGCUUCUGUCUAACAUGUAUGCUGCUCGAGGUAUGUGGAACGAUGUUAGUAGAGUUAGGAUGAUGCUGAAAGAAAAAAACCUAAAGAAAAAUCCUGGUUGCAGUUGGAUUGAACUCGAGGGAACUGUCCAUGAGUUUUUUGUUCAAGAUAAGUCCCACCCUCAAGUUACAGAGAUCUAUUCAAUGUUAAAUAGUUUGUGGAUUCCCAAUUCAGAGCCUACCUAUUGUACAAGUAAAUUGUUGAAUGCAACUCUGUAAAAAGACACCCUCAUCUUUACCAAAAGUCUCUGUAAACAUUAUUGAUUUGCUGAAGACUCUACUCUUUGCAGCAUCUUGAAAGCCGAAUGUAAAUAUCUAAUGAAACUUAAACGUCUAUUCCCUUUUGGAGGAAUUUGAGCUCCGCUUUAGACAGCAACGGUUCAAUCAGUUUAUAAUACUUAUUUGUUUUGAGACCAAAAAACAAUAUCGAGUUGUAAAUCAUUUAAAGUAUGCUUCUCCGUGUCGAAAGAAAGUUAGUUGUCAUUAUUUCUCUUAAUCUUUUGAGCCAUGGCCGAGGAGGCAUCUCACCAGAUCUGGUUAGGUGUUUAGAUCUAAUUUUGAAAAAAAUUUGAUCUAGCAUUCCCUGCCAGCUCAGCUCCUCAAUGUACUCAUCUACUGUGCUCACCGGCUUUCCCGCUUCCAGCUGCCGUCAUCCCCGUUUGUUCAUGUCGUUCACGCUCCAGCACGUGGGUCUUACGCUCUGGUGCAUGGACCUCACGUGCCAGUCAGCCUCCUCCGCCAGCCGCUUCGGCUCAUUCCAGUCAGCCUCCUCCUCCAGCUCAUUCUGCUUCAGCAACAGGUCUUGCAGUUGGGUGUUUUGUCGUAUUAUGUUAUUGCUUUAUUUUAUUUGUUGUUUUGUGUAGGCUUUAGAUUUAGUCUCUAUGCUCUUGUCAUCUUGUGUUGUAUUGUUUUUGGCUCAGUUUCAGUUACCUUUACUGCAUGCUUCGUUGCAGUGCUUUGUUGUUGAGGUUGUGAGAGGUCUUUCAGUCGCAGUUAUGGUUGUUAGAAUUUUUAAUGGUAAUUUUCAUGCUGCCACCACAUGUCUCUCGUCUUCAGCCGCCAUCGAUGAAACCCUUACUGUGCUCGCAUUGCAAGCC